AUGUUCAAGUACAGUUCGUUCGGGUGGUUGCGUUAUCUCUCUAAUGUAUUCUGUUUUGGUGUAGUGGAAGUGUUGGUGGAUGUUGAUCGUAAGGUAGAGGGUUCUACUCCCGGUACCUACCAUGUCGAACAAGAAGUUAUCGACUAUGUCCUCGCGGAUGAGUCAAGUCGUGCAUAUGUAGUACCACUCCUCAUUGAAAUAGAGCACGAAUGCAACCCGGCUAUAUUAAAGCCAUCUUUGGUGUGCAAAGUGAAGCCCGUGAAGAGCACUUAUGAGGAUCUCCUACGAGAAUACGACGUCCGAGAAGAACACCUGAUUCUGGCUGGGAACACGUUCGUAGAGUUGGAGCAUGUCCAUAUCACUGACACUUCUACUGCAGUGUUGACCUUGCCAUCUGGGGAGUCCGUAGAUCUCCUUACGUCACCUGGCUGUGAGAUCAGGCUCCGGCCACCUACAUACGGAUACUAUAGUGUAACGGUUAAGCACGGCGAUACUGACGAUGCGGUUGUCUAUGGCUUUGUGGCGACUACGCACGUUUCGCGGUUUGGUAGUGCCUUGGACCAGUACCAAGAUGCCUCUACGUUCGCGUGGAGGAGUCGUAGGUCGGCUAACGGCAGUUUUGACCCUGACUGUUACGGCGACUGGAAUGAAGAGCUUACUGCCGCAGUAGUGGGCGUACUGGAGAUCAUUGAUGAUGAACAGUGGCAGUCAGAGCAGUCCGUGAUCGUUCGAAUGACCAGUGCCCAGAUUGUACCAAUGUGCAGAGAUCUCCUUGAUCGGGUGUUAGAGUACCAGGAUGGGACCGCGAUGGGACAGCUAGUUGGUUCACUUCGAGACAUGCUUGCCUCGGCUCAGCUCACUGGAUGGUCAGCAGGCUGGGGUAAACUCUAUGAUGCCGUGGUGGCAUUCGAGCGAGCCCGAUUCAUGUCACUCACGCGCGUCGCGAAGGAGAGGCUCUUGAAGUUGUUACAGCAGUUGCUGGACGCCGCUGAUCUGUAUUAUAACGAUAGUAGCAUAACUGAUAGUUACUCUCAAAAAUGGUGGAGCGGAGCUCGAGACCAACUUGCUAUGGAGCUCAACAGUGGCAUCAUCGACAACCCCCUAGUCGUUUCAGGGAUGGCCUUCAGCGGUGGGACUCUGGGCGAUUGGAUGAGUUCGUUGAUGAUGGUGAGUCAGUGUGGUGACACCGACAAGAGUCCCCAUCGUAUAUGGCCACCGUCCUUCAUGAUCAACCCGUUGGACCCUAGCUUUGAUACAGUACUGCUCAACGGCUCCGAAGCUGCGACUGGCGGGGGAUUUGCUAUUUCUAAGAACUCUAUGAUGCCCUUUCUAUCGGGGAUGGAGUCGAUCGAGACCUUGAGUGAGGUGCUCGGUGCCCUACUAUACGCUGGUAUUGGAUAUGCGGGACAGACUCAGAUGUACUCAGGAGACCAACAGACGAGCUCUGAUGAAAGUCAGAUGAGGAACCUCCCAGUGUUGGGCCGAGAUGUCCUUUGUGGAGUGUGUGAGAGAGCUCGAGCAGUCUGUAGUCUGGAGUUUCCUCCCUCCCUCACGAAGCGACGUGUGAACAGGCUCAAAGAUGUCUGUAGACUGUUGAGGCAACUCCAGAGAGGUCCUAAUGGCCAUCGACAAGUGUCUCUAGCUGUAAGUACUGAUCCCGAUAGAUGCAUCAACGAUCUCAAGAAUCGGAAGGGGGACGAGUGCUGGCUCUCUGCACCAUUGGAGAGUCUCUGGCGAAACUGGAUCGCGGCUGGUCGAAUGUUUGUAUUUGAAAUUUGGUUACACGACACGAGUGAUCCCUCCAAGAGAACGCUUCUGGCCUGUGAUUUCGCUCACCCAGUGGGAGCUUCCGUUUAUGUGGCUACCCGCUAUUAUGAUGAUGAUUAUAGAAAGUAUCAGCCAGGGUUCAUCUUGGGCUUUGCUACCUGCACCUGGCUCAAGUCUAUGGGGUACUCACUUUGGGACCUCGGUGGUUACAACGCUUCUCCGAUGAUGGCCUACAAGAGUGCCCUCUGUACACUAGUAGAUGGUCGAGCUAGAUGGCCGCAAUUGAUCCGCAGAGUGCGAGAUCGUGCACCGAGCGGUGGGAGAGUGUCACCAGGAACAGUGCUCGUGGAAGAUCUCAGCGAGGAUGAUAUCUGGGGACUGUAUGGCGGCAAGCCAGGGUCUACUGACAAAGGCAGCCGCAGCACAUUGGGUGCACUUAGUGGCCAUAAGCACCCUUGA